AUCGGGAACAUCAAGAAAAAAGAAUUUAAAAUAAAACAAAAUAUUUCAGUCUCUGUGACCUAUUUGCCUCUAUCAUAUCAGCUUAUCAACGCUUGCUCUAUCUCCCUCUCUCCAGACUCUUCAAGAACUUGUUACCUUAUCCAACAUCACUCAUGGCUUCUUCCUUCAUUACCCUAGCUAAACCCUUUACUUGUAACAAAACCCCCAGUUUUCCUUCCAUUUCUACCCCCAAAUUCCCAGGGUUUCAAAGAAAUUCUCUGAGAAUUAAUGCUAUUGCCAAGACAAUUGACCCCACAAAGGUUGUGCCUCAAGCUGACAGAGUCCUCAUUCGUCUGCAGGACCUGCCUCAGAAAUCAGCUGGUGGAGUAUUGUUGCCGAAAUCAGCUGUCAAGUUUGAACGGUAUCUCAUGGGAGAGGUUCUUUCUGUUGGUUCUGAGGUAGCUGAAGUGGAGGCUGGCAAAAAGGUUUUGUUCUCUGAUAUAAAUGCCUAUGAGGUGGAGUUGGGAUCUACAGGAAAGCACUGUUUCUGUAAAGCUGCUGAUCUGCUAGCGGUAGUCGAGUAAAAGCCAAGUUUUAUGCGAAUGUUAGACUUGAGAGAAAUGUUGGGUUUUGCAGAUCCUUGAUUGUUGCAAAUUUGGAGAAUUGCCUAUUUAGCAUUGUUUUCUCAAAAUAUAAUUGUUAUCAAACAAAUAUGGAAAAAACAAUUUUGUUGUCUUUGAA